AUGAAUUCCACCAGCGCAUCAGCGGCUGUAGCGGCGGCGACGGCACCGUCGGCAACAUCAACAGCAGCGGCAACGUCAACGACGGUACCACCGUCCACCAUGGGCAAUGGCGAACUUUACUUCCGGCCCCUACCUUAUUUAAGCUUCAAAUGGAUCAAAGCGGAUGUUGGUAGGGCGCUUCGAAAUGCGGACGAUUUAGCGAACCUGUGGAACCACCUGAUCCAGGAUGAGGAAGUGAUUACGGAACGGAUACAGACGGCCGUGAAUAGCAUGGGUGAGGUGGUGUAUUUGCGACCAGACGGGCGUUAUUACUGUGGAAACGUAGCUAUGUGCUGUGACUGCUGCAAGGGUGUGUGUUCGGCCGUUUCCAAAUGCGUUUGCUUGGCCUGCGAAGAACUUGGCGUCCAAGAAGGCGGUGAUUCGUCGUCCGGCCCGGCAGCGGCCGGUAGCAAUGGAGUGGGUCGGAAAACCCAGGCGCAAAAUCACACACAUUCCCCAUCCGAGCAACCAUCGACCAACGGUGACAAUUCGGCUAGUUCCGUCUUGCUGGAUUCGUGGCUGUGGAGUCCUUUACCUGGUACGGAGGAUAAGAAGACUUGCAUAAAGAAGCUGAUUGGCGAACAAAGAGAAAUAUGUUUACAGGCGGCAGCCAAUUGCUUGUCUGCGAAUCGCAUCCGUCAGCUACUGUUUGUGUACCGGCGGUACUUUAUUGCACUGCAGGAAAUGGGAAUGCACCGAGAAACGGAGGAAAAACAACAUGCUACCGAGCUGGCCACUAGCGAGUGUGAUGCAGCAAAACUGAGCAAAAACUCCAGCCUCGAUCGUACCGCCGGCACGAUGAAAGACUCCGAUAAAGCUACUUUCGGCUUGGCCCGCGUUGGUACGCGUGCGGCACUAAACUUUUCCUUCGCCUUUCUGCGCCGGGCCUGGCGUUCCGGCGAGGAUGUAGAACUGUGCAGCGAGUUACUAUCGGAAGCACUGGAAGCACUACAAUCGCUCCCGGAAGCAUCACUAUUCGAUACAUCGCAAAUGUCCACACUAUGGAUAGAGGUCGUGGAAAAAUCGAUCAAGUUCCUGCGGCAGGUCGUGCUGGGUGAUGUAAUGGGUGGCCGUUGUCUCGUGCCGAAAGCGGAUCGACACAUUGCCCUCAAUUUGCUGCUAGAACUCGGUGCCCAAAAGGGAACUCUGGGUGGUUCGCUGGAAGGCGUUACACUGCUUCUAACGCUGCACGAGAAAGAUCAACAAUCGGACGAUAAUCGAAGUCCGCCACAAAAUUCCGGUGCACCGCUCGUUCCGCUGCUUCAUCGCUACGAACAGAUCGAAAGUUUCGGUUCGUUCAACACAUCGGAUUCAUUCCAUUUCGGACCAACUGAAUCGUUUCUUAGAUUUCUUACACUACCGGAAAAUGAAACCACUUGCGUGGAUCUUAAGCUGGCUGCCGUGAUCAUUAUUAGCCAUCUGGAUCGGUUGGCAAAACCGCACCUGCCCGCCGGCAACUGUUCGACCAAGGGAGCGAGCAAGUACGCCAACUCACCGAAAAUAUUCACUCUCGGCUGGAGUGCUUGUGCACCGGAACUGUAUGGAUUUACCGCGACCGAAGCGAUACGUACGGGAUGUGCCAAUUUCGACGCCAUGGUUACGUCGGUAACGGCGCCGGGCAGUAUUGAUGGUGCAAUGCCGCGAUAUUCCACCGCCACCAUCGAUCUGCUGUACGAUCAGGUGCGCCAGAUCGUGUGUGCAGAGAAUUGCGUUUACAUAUUAACCGAUAGCGGUACCGUCCUGUACCUGUCCCAGGCCAUCGCGAUGACGGAGGACGAAUAUCCGGAGCGUGUAAAAGGGCUGGAAACCACCAUUGUUCAGCUGGCGGCCCAUUGCGAAGGUCAUCACGUGCUAGCGCUUGCCGCUAGUGGGGAAGUUUACUCGUGGGGUAACGGUGAAGGUGGUCGCCUCGGACAUGGUGAUACGAACGCCAAAGAGCUGCCAACACGAAUUGCCGCUCUGACCACCGAACGGCAAGUGACGGGUGUUUUCUGCGGUUCUUCGUACAGUGCAGCGAUAACGGCCGCCGGUGAACUGUACACGUGGGGCCGUGGUACAUACGGUCGGUUAGGACACGGCAAUUCCGAGGAUAAGUACAUACCCACACUAGUAACCGCGCUAAAAGCGCACCGGGUAGUACACGUGGCGCUUGGUUGCGGUGACGCACAUUCGUUGUGUGUGACCGAUGCCGGACUUGCGUUUGCCUGGGGUGAUGGUGAUUUCGGUAAGCUCGGAAACGAAUCAUGCGUCGGGUCCUCCGUUCCAGUACAGAUCGAACUACCGCAGGGCACAAGUGUAGUGAAAGUGUUUAGUGGUUCCCAGUUUAGUGUGGCACUGACACGCGAAGGAACGGUGUACACCUGGGGUAAAGGACACGGUGGAAGACUUGGACAUGGAAAUUCUGAACAUUCCCCGGUACCAAAGUUGGUGCAAAUGCUGGAAGGGAAGAAGAUAGUCGAUUUAGCUGUUGGUUUGGCGCACUGUUUGGCGCUCACAGCUUCGGGCGAACUGUACGGUUGGGGUCGAAACGAUUUCCAACAGAUUUGUCCCGAGUGUGUAACGCGAGAUCCCAUUAUACCUACGCCGAUUCUAACCACACCGCCUACGUUACGUGUCGCCGGUAUGUCGGCAGGUGUUGCACAGAGCUUCUUCUGGUGCCACUCGUCCUCACACGGGAUUUCCUUGAAAAUUCCGUUCGUAGUGGAUCUAAGUGAACACACAUUCCGAUUACUCGAUCAGUUGCUAUGUAUGGUAAGCGUUACGUCCACGGACACGUCCCGACACCCGCCCAGUCAGGAGGCUGAGUGUAUUGCAGUUGGUACGCUUAAUCUGCUUCGCCUGCAGCUCCAUGCAAUGAUAGUGAACAACGUUCAUCCGCGUCAGGUUGGACUGGUGGAAGGAUCACGCCUGUUAGCUAGUCUAAAGACACGCAUACUUAGUCUGGCUGGUGGACCGGUUGUACUGAAAACAAUGCAAGAAGCCGCCCAAUGGACGCUCCAGGUUGGGUGGAGCAUUAUUCUACCAACGGCAUCGGAACGUGCUCAGACGCUUACUUCGCUACUACCAGCCGGGCAUGACGGUGGAACAAUGAGUUCGGCGGCCACAAGUGCUGGUCACCGGUUCAUGACGGACCUGCUAGUUGGUUCGCUAAUGGCGGAAGGUGGCUUACAGACGGCGCUCAAUCAGGCAAUUAAUCAUCAUCAGAAUCAAAACCCCUUUCAAGCUCAGGAACCGCAUGGAGCGGGCACUGGAACGCAUCUUUCGCUGCUUCAUCUACUCAAACAGCUACUGCGCAACAAUUCCAGCCUAACGCAGGCACGUCUUGGUCAGCUUAUGCUCGGUCCGUAUCUCAAAAUUGACAAUUUCUGUUCGUCAGAACCAACUUCACCGAGUCUAGAUUUAUUGCACAAGUUCCAACGCUUGUUACUCUCACACCUGUACGCAUCGAAAGCGGAUGAUCUGAGCGGAGCCGAAACACUACUCUACACCUACAUACAACAGCUGGUCGGUCCGUGCGUAAACACGCUCAGCAAAGCGUACGAAACGAUCCUUCAAGGUAAGGACGGUGUUGCAGACAUUCUUCGUAACGACAUUUCCGAUGCUUUGCUGUACGAGCUGCUAAUCGGGCUCGUCGUUAUCCAGCAGGACAAACCAUUGCUACUAGCAAACUUCGACUGGAACCAACACCUGAUUCCGCUGCUGAACGCUCUCGACGCAUUCAAUCGGCUUACGCAGGAGGGCGAAUUGCAGGACACGGAUGAUAUGGGAUGGCCGGGCAUAAUUAGCCGCGGUGCAUCGAAAGUGAUGCCGGUGCAGGAAGAAUCGAUACUGAUCCGACGCAGCGACAUCGACAAUCACAUCCGCGACGGUGGUAACUGGGUCGUAAUCAAUGGAAACGUAUACGACGUUAAAGACUAUACACCGGAAAAUGUACUCACCCAAGAGCUGCUGCAACUGCACGCCGGGAAGGACAUUUCGCUCGAGAUUGGUAAUCCGCAGCAUCGGACCGCGUUCGAGUAUAUCACGUCAUACUUGCGUGUGGGUCGUUAUGCAGUUAGCGAGAUGUACGACAGUGCUACCAAUCCACGUCCACUCGUGACGUUAACACACUUCCACUCGGAAUGUUUACUCGCGUAUCUGCUAGGACAGCGUGCAAGUAUUCUACAGGUUGGAUCGCCAUUGCAACCAGCCGAACUGCAAUGUCGCAAUCUGCUCAACUCACAUGUCCUGAGCGGUGGCCUGCAGGUGCUGCAACCAUCCAAUCCAUUCGACGAAGAAAAAGGUGAAGCACGCAGUAGUGGAUCAACGGCUGGUAGCACUCCGACAGAUGCUUCCGCCCAGCUUCCGAUCGUGGCAGGCAAUGGCGGUCCGGUGAUGGGAAGCUGGCCUAUGGUACUCAUAACACAGCGUGUAGAUACGCUGCUGUCGAAUUUGGGCGAAGGAAAGAUUACCGAUCCUUUGGUAGCAUCAUGGCUCGGUCUCUGCGAACGAUACUGUAAGGAGCAUCAUCUGAUCUGGCAUCAGGAGUUUCCCCCGGAACAUCCAGUCGUCGAGCUGGAACGUUUGCUGAUGGCGGUACUGAUACGUCAUCAGGCUCUCGGACCACUGGCGCUUGCUGUGAUUGAUCGAGAGCUGAGCGGGACUGGUACAAAACCACCGCAGCCAAUCGUUAACAUCAUUCGUACCGUGCAUCAAACCAAAUGGGCAAUCGUGAAGAUGCGCCAGCAGCUAAAUCGCAGCUACAAAGAGGUGUGCGCACCGAUGAUUGACAAAUGUCGCUUUUUGUUGUAUGAAAUCCGGCCCGCCAUCAGUCUCGAGCAGCAUGGACUCGAGCGUUUGCCCAUUCUGCACCGACCGUCCCGGUUUAAGGCGCUCGUCCGUCGUAUCAUUGCGGAGAUGCGUGCAGCCAAACGGCAACUAAAGCUGGCGUGCGCAAAACCUGAAGACAUUGUUAAUGCCACCAUCCAAAGUCAGUUCAGCAUUGGUAAGAUGCAUUCCCACGAGAAUCUAAGCGGUUGUGGGAUUACCAAACAUCAUCCGCAGCAGCAACAUCUGCACCAGGGCAUUGCACACGUGACUGGUGUGACGAUCUCCAUGGAAAAUCUAGUCAACGAAAACAUUAUCAAAGUGGCCAGCCUAGAAAGUCUCACCACCACUGGCAACGUGCAUCGUCGUUCAUCAGUGGAUCGGUCGGCUUCACCGGUGAUACUGCUUAGCAACACUGGCCCGACCCUGGCGAAGCUAGCGGCAUCGAACGAAAACCUGCUCGAUACUGACUGUCCACAGACAGGCGACGGUACGGUCAAUAGUAUCGGUGGCGUAGUGGCGGUAGAUGUGACGGGCACGAUCGAAGGUGUGGACAAUGCUGAAGUAGAAGAAAAUGAGAAAAAAAUAACAUUUAACAACGAUGAUCAGAGUAAAACACCUACGAACGAGAUGAUCGAGUUCCAUGGCACUACAGGCAAGGCAGCGAAAACUUUCUCCCAAGACGGGGAUGAUUUCAUCAACAAUGUGAUCGCAAACUUGAGCGAAAAGUGUCUGCUGGAAUCGUAUCCGACAGAAUUUAAAACCGGCAUUAGCCAACAAGUCGUCGAUUUCAUCCUGCAUGAUCAGUGCGAUGUGGAAACGUUGCGCCGUGCAAUGUAUUGCCAGAUACAGCGUUACCAGCUUCGCAAGCAAGGGUUGGAGAUGUUCUACGAGUUGCUUUGCAUCAACGGACUUUUCGAUGCGGUGCAAUAUAAUCUAUUUAACGGAUUUCUCGGUUUGCAUCUGGGGCAUGACUCUGUGAGAAGCCACCACACGGGUGGUAAUGGAGAUGGAAUAGCUUCGCCGGAACAGCAGCAGCUGCAACGCGAAUCGGAACAUGUGCUCGAUAAUUUGAACAUGAUCACUGCCUACCAAAAGGCGAACAUACUGAUCGCGCAUGCGAAAAUCAUCGAAUGGGCAGUACUGGAACUGCAAAAGUACGUCAAUCAGGAUAAAAUCAACGGACGUCAUCGAACGCACGGCGAGAAAGACAAUUCGAAUUUGGGGACGUACGUGUUUCUUAAGAAAUUGCCACGGGCCAGAUUUUUGCUCAGCAUCUUCGGCAUACUUUCUCGUACAUACGAAGCGAAUGAGCUAAGUUUACUGGUCAACUCUGGAAUUCUGGGCAGCAUAAUGGGACUGCUGCGACAAACCGGUGCCGAUAUACCGAGCAACAAGAACACUUCCGACACGUCGGUCAUUUAUGAGGACGUGGUAACCAAUUUAAAAUCUUCAAAGGAAGGCCUUUCUGGACCAGAGCUUACAAAAUUCAUGAAAAUUGGAACAAGAAUUACUCGUGGCGCUGAUUGGAAAUGGGGUGAACAGGAUGGACCUGGCGGUGAAGGGCGCAUAAUCAGCGAAAUAGGCGAAGAUGGCUGGGUUCGAGUCGAAUGGGACAAUGGUUCGACGAAUUCGUAUCGUAUGGGAAAGGAAGGAAAGUAUGAUCUCCGUCUGGCGGACAGCGCCCUAAAAGCACUAUCUCCAGACAAAGACAGCGAACGCGAAGACUUCAUCGAUCACGCGCUUAAUAAUGAAUCCCACCCUACCAAGCUGCUUCGCAAUGUGUGCAUUAAAACACUACAGAUGUUGUUCGCUUCGGUAGGUCUACAUGCCGAGAAGAUGGAACAAAAUGCCCUCCGUGGCGUAGCCUCCCUUUUCCGAACAAUGCUUCAGCCGUAUGAAUCCCGUUCCGGCACCGUCGCAGCAAAUAACUGCUACAACUUUGGCUUGGAACAAUGGACCGUACUUGGGUUUUUGCGCGCCAUUUCGUUUACACCAGCACUCUCUCGCCAGCUGACGACACCGCUUUGGAUUGAGCUCGCCUUCAAGAUUCUAAAUGCACCAAUUGCGAGCAAGAAGGAUGUGUACAAAAAGCUACAUUGUCUACGAUUACUGCAGUCUACGCUCGUUAACUGGACGCAUGACGAUCGGCAUCGUGUUGAUAGUAUCAUUAGUCAGCUUUUUGAUGUCCUAGGCCGGAUCUCGCUUACCUGCCCGAACGAUUCAUCGCUAUUGUCUAGCGCGAUCGACGCAAAAUCGCGCGUCCUGUAUAGUGCUUCCCACAGUGGUACCGUAGCCGAGGAAAUGGUAGUUUUGAUUCGACGACUUCACACCUUGCCGCUGUGGAAUGAAAGCAUAAAUUCAUUCAUGCAACAGAAAGUUUGUUUAACGGCCGACAUUUUUCUAGUCAACGAGCUGGACACGAUUGCGGAGUGUGAGAAGCGUGCGAUCAUGGGUACGCUUGGUACGAUCGGUGGAUGCGAUUCACGACCAAGGAUCGGAUUAAAUAUCACGCUGGAUGGCGUCCGGGGUACUAUAUCACGUAUGACCAAGAAAGGAAAAGUGGUUAUGAACGUGCAUGGAGCAGCCGAAACGAAGAAAAUUCCUAUUUUCAAGGUGGCCGAGUGUGCAGAUGUCGGUGCAUUUAGCCUUUCAAAAGUAACCAUAAGCGAGAUGUUACUUAACUCGUGGUCCGUAAUGUUUUAUGGCAUUGGGCAGCUUGUUCCACUGAAUAGUGGAACAGGGGGUGAUGGAUGUGCCAGUGCCGCACUGCUUCAAAGCCAGCAGAUCAACUUUGCCACACUGAAAGCAACGAAAGUACUGUUUCGUAACCAGAGUCUGUUGCGACGAAUUCUUCGCCAACGGUCACCAGGUUUGACUAAAAGUGCUUCACGCGAAAGUGUAUCAACCGAUGGGGAUAGUCCCGAGCCGGAAGAAGGGAAAACUCGUUCCGAAUCCAACACAUCGGACGAAUCGCAAGCAUUCUACACGGCUGAGCUACUGAUACAGACGAUUCUGUUACGUGCAACACAGCCAAGUCCGUUGAAAGCGUGCUAUACUUAUCAGGAGAUGGAGUUGGCUGCACUGAACAUCUCACAAAUGCUUGCCAGUCAUGUACAUUAUACGGCGGGAGAUCCUACCGGUGGCCAGAUAGCGUCCACACGCUGUAACAAACGUCCAAUGGCACUGGGACAGCCAACCAUGAUACAUGGCGUGCCCGUGUACAACAAUGAAGCUGCAUCACUUACCGCUGAUCCUUUACCAACGGUACCAUCAGGGAUGGGAUCGCUUGAUGGUAAUGCAAUUAGUCUGCGCAGUGGACGAGGAGGUCGUACAUCGAACGCUUUCAUCGCUCCUACUCCGCUAGUUGCGCAAAUUAUGGAAAUGGGAUUCACACGUAAAUCGGUUGAGCUGGCGUACAAGAGUCUUAUGCAGCAGAAUGAAAAUGGCAACCCGACGGCGGAACAAAUUAUUCAAUGGAUUCUGGAGCAUCCUGAACUGACAGCAAGCUUGGGACUGAACUCUGGAGGAAAAUCUGCAGAUGGUGAGCAGCAUGAUCAUGACCUGCGUGGUGGCCACAGUGACACAGAAAGCGUUAGCUCGGACACUAUGGAUGGCGGUUCAUCACAGCAGGACUACCAACAGCACCACAUCCACCAACACAGUGGAUCCGGAGCAACGUACAAAAGUCGUGAGGAUUUCAAAUCGACCGAUCAGUACGCGAUGUACGUGCGCGGUCUCAUCUGUCCGGGAAUGCUCGUGCGCUGUUGUCAAGAGUUUGAAGAGAUUCGAAAAGGUGAUAUCGGAACGGUAGAGAAGGUAGAGCCGGAAGGUUUGCAUGAUCUGAAUGUGCGCGUUGACUGGCAGAUGCACGAUCGUCCGUACUGGAUGUGCUUUGUGCAUUUGGAAAUGCUUGAACCACCGACCACGGUUACGGAUCCGUCUGGGUGUGGCGGUAUUAUGGUAGGGUCGCAGGUACGUCUCUUGCGAGCUCAGGUUUCUCGGCAUCGGUUUCCAUCACUAUCGGCUCCGCGAGGCACUACGGGCGUGGUGAGCUCCAUGACCGGGAACGAGGCUAUAGUCGAAUUCCCACAGCAAACCCUGUGGAAGGGUAGCGUCAGCGAGCUCGAGUUGAUAUCCAAUCCUACUAACUAUGGAACGGGUACCGGUUCCAGUGCUCAAAACGGUGUUGGUAGUGGCGCGUUCGACAUCAUCGAUGAUUGGUCCCGGUGUAUCCGUGCAUUAUCCGUAUCGUCGAAUGAAGCCUCAGCCAAGUAUCUACUGGAUCGAAGCACCAAUAACUAUUGGCAGAGUGCCAGCACAGCGGUCCAAGGGAAGCACUGGAUUAGGCUCGAAAUGCACGAUCAGGUAUUGGUUCAAUCACUAUCGAUCAUUGUCGAUCCGGAUGAUUUCUCGCACAUGCCUUCAUUGGUCGUGGUUCGUGUGGGUGAUGAUAGUUUCUCAAUGACCGAUCUUCGUUGGGUAUCGAUUAAUUCAACUACCGUGACGAUGCCACUGCUCACGGAUUGCAAGCAGUAUUACCGGCUAAUCGAAAUCCGCAUCAAACAGUGCCGCAACAAUGGGAUCCAGUGCCGAGUGCACGGACUUUCGAUUGUCGGCAAACGAAGACAAACGGACGUAGACAUGAUGCUUCACAAUGCGGGAUUUUUGGCAUCAGAAAAUGAAACUAUUGCCGAACCAAGCUAUUCGACUUCUUCGAACUACGCAGACGAGCCGACCUCGCUGAACGAUGAAGUGUCGUCGAAGGUGUUGGUUUGGGGUCUCAACGAUAAGGAGCAGUUGGGUGGACUGAAAGGAUCGAAGGUGAAACUCCCGACGUACUCUUCCGUGUUGAGUCAGCUCAAGCCAAUACAUAUCGCCGGUGGCUCAAAAUCGCUGUUCAUUGUAUCACAGGACGGAAAGCUGUACGCAUGUGGCGAAGGAACGAAUGGAAGGCUUGGAUUGGGCCACAACAAUAAUGUGCCCACACCGAAGCAGGUACCAAUACUGAGCCAAUACGUGGUGAAAAAGGUAGCUGUCCAUUCGGGCGGUAAACACGCGAUGGCACUUACGCUGGACGGAAAAGUAUUUUCAUGGGGCGAAGGAGAGGAUGGCAAGCUAGGCCACGGCAAUCGAUUAACGUUGGAAAAACCGAAAUUGAUUGAAACACUGCGCACGAAACGAAUCCGGGAUAUUGCGUGCGGAUCUAGUCACAGUGCGGCCAUCACCAGUUCCGGCGAGUUGUACACGUGGGGUCUGGGUGAAUAUGGACGCCUGGGCCAUGGAGAUAAUUGUACGCAGUUGAAACCUAAGCUUGUGACAGCUCUGCAAGACCAUCGCGUUGUUCAAGUGGCUUGUGGAAGUCGCGACGCUCAAACGCUCUGUCUAACGGAGGAUGGUCUAGUGUUUUCCUGGGGCGAUGGAGAUUUUGGCAAGCUCGGACGCGGAGGCUCGGAAGGAUGUUCCAUUCCGCAUCAAGUGGAUCGGCUCAAUGGAGUGGGUGUGAUGCAGAUUGAAUGUGGUGCACAGUUUAGUCUUGCUCUUACGAAAACUGGUGAAGUGUGGACAUGGGGAAAGGGCGAUUACUACCGAUUGGGCCACGGAACGGACCAACACGUGCGAAAGCCUACCCCAAUUCAAGGAUUGCGUGGAAAGAAAGUCAUUCAUGUGGCCGUCGGUGCUCUACACUGUCUCGCCGUAACAGACAGUGGACAGGUCUUCGCAUGGGGCGAUAACGAUCAUGGCCAGCAGGGAUCGGGAAACACAAUUGUGAACAAAAAACCUAGCCUGGUACUCGGUUUAGAUGGGAUCUUCGUUAACAGGGUAGCGUGCGGUAGUUCGCAUUCAGUCGCUUGGAGUUUACCGCAGAACCAGACCGAAAAAGAUAAAAAGGAACCGGUUGCGUUUGCCGUAGCGAAGGAUCCGCUCGGAAGUCACAGUUUGGGAAUUUACGCAUCUGAUACGGAAGCGACCACUUCCUCUCCGUUACCUGUCUCGAGUAGCAGCAAACCGCAACGACCUUCUCUGUCCGAGAUCGUACUCUCGUUAGAGACGGCCAGCGCAAGACAAGCCGCAUUGUCACACAUUAUCAACGCAAUGAGCAUUCUACAUGCCCGUGCAUGCAUAAUAGCAGCCCUUACCUGUCACUCGCAGGUGAGCGCGGCCGAUAAAGUGUCGACGUACGGGCACAGUGGAGAUACCAUGCCACGGCCCGUAUCGCCUAUAUCGGAAGGAGAUGAAAUAGGUGCCGGAAAAACGACGGUCGCCGAAAGCACACUGGCCCAACAGAACGAAACCAUAGCGCACGGUGGAGGUGAAGGACCGGCAGAUAUCGCCGGUCUAACAGCAGUUACGACGAACGAGUUUCUUGAUGGUGAUAUUCCGAUCAUUUCCGGUAUGAAUAAUACGCUCGGUGCGUAUCGCAGUCUCACUGGAUCGUUGUCCCUAUCUGCCUCGAUUUCGAGCUGCAAUGCGACACAGCGACAGUCAAAGAUGUCUGCCAGUGCAAUGUCCGUCAUGGCUGCCACAAUGACGCAUCAUGAUGAGCUGAUGAACGAAGCAAACACUAGCAACUUGGACGAUUUUACUGCGUUACUCGGCGAACCAGAAGCGAAACAUCUGAUAGAAUUGUUAAAACUAAGCGUAUUUGGUCGAACCGGUGCAACCAGCACAUCGGAAACCAUAGCCAACACGCUCAUUGCGCUUGCUAAAUCAAACUCCACUAUCGCAAAUAUGCUGAUCGAAACAUGCAUCACGGAGCUGGAGGAUCUAUGCACAUCACGUCAUUCCUUGGGCAAGCUUCCGAAGCCAGUGGCACAGGAAACAAGCCAUCCUUAUAUAGAUGAUAUCAUACUAGUGGGACACGUGAAAAUUCCCGGUGCCGAAUCACUCCGCAUUGAGUUUGACAGUCAAUGCUCCACGGAACGCCGCAACGAUCCACUGAUCAUUUUCGAUGGAUCGGGUAACGUGGUAGCCACACGCUCCGGGCGUGAGUACGCACAGUGGGCACAGGAAAUUCGCAUCCCGGGUGAUCAAAUGCGCUGGAAGUUUACAAGUGAUAAUUCAGUAAAUGGAUGGGGAUGGCGAUUCUACGUACAUGGGAUUAUGCCUGAAUCCUACCUACAGGAACUGGGUUCAGACAGGACCGUUCUCUCACAACCCUCAAUUGCACUCGUAAUGGCUUUGCUGGACUCGCUACCAGUACCCACAUCGAACACCAGUGUGCUCAUACGUUUAACUUCGGCUCUGUCCCAAUGUGCCCAGCUGGGUUCAUUAACAGUCGCUCAACGAAUUUGGUCAUUAAAGAAGAUGCAUCAGCUGCUCUGUAGCAGUAGUGUAACUCAAGCGAAGGAUAGUACACCAAGGCCGAUUGAUUCUGCUGUUACCGAUAUACUAACGCCACUCGUACCGAUUAUCUUGCGCCAGUAUGAAUACGAAGAACCACAAGUCCGGAGCGGCAUUCAUCUGAUGCAUUCGGAGUAUUUCAAAACGCUCGUUGCACUAGCGUGCGAUAUGCACAUGGACACACUUCUAUUGCCCCAAGCAGAUCCACACCGUUGGGCCUGGUUCCGGCGAUACUGUGCGGCGGUUCGUGUUGCUCAAGCUCUUAUACGCCGAACGCAUCUGCCGCCUUCAUUUUGUUUGGAAGUUCGCAAAAAGCUUGCCGAAAUUGCUUCGCCAGCGACGCCCGCUCAAACAACUGUCGGUUCGUGUGCUAGUAGUCAGGGCGGUCCUACGGAAAGUUACAGCUCGUUGAUACAACACACUUCCAGCCAUUCGAGUUUGCUCAGCCAGAGUCAUCCACUCGCCUUUGACUUGACCAGUACUAUCAGCAGUAGCAGCACGACAACCAGCAGCAGUAGUACCGGCACGACCACCAUCACCGCAGGAAGUAGCGAUUUUUUGCCAGCGAAUGUAACCACCGGAAACGAGUCAACGAAGUAUCUACACGAAGAUCACGGCUACUUUACACCACAGUACGACUCACAGUUGCUGCAGUGGUUCAACAGAAGGCCGGAAGAUUGGGCCUUCUCAUGGGGUGGAGCAAGUACAAUUUUCGGCUGGGGCCAUAAUCAUCGUGGCCAGCUCGGUGGAUUGGAUGGAAGUCGUAUAAAAAAUCCAACGCCCUGUGAGGCGUUAAGUUUACUGCGCCCGAUCCAAAUUGCGGGUGGCGAACAAACGCUGUACGCUGUAACGCCCGAUGGAAAACUGUACGCAACGGGUUACGGUGCUGGUGGUCGGCUAGGUGUCGGGGGAACCGACUCCGUAACUACACCAACGCUCGUCGAAUCGCUGCAGCACGUGAUGAUCAAGAAAGUGGCGGUUAAUUCGGGCGGCAAGCAUUGUCUUGCGCUAUCCUCCGAUGGAGAGGUAUUUUCGUGGGGUGAAGGUGAAGACGGAAAGCUUGGCCACGGAAACCGGGAUAGUUAUGACCGACCAAAAUUGAUCGAAUCACUGUCAGGGAUUGGUGUUGUCGAUAUAGCGUGCGGUAGUGCCCAUUCCGCUUGUAUAACCAUCCAAGGACACGUGCUGACAUGGGGAAAGGGCCGGUACGGUCGACUAGGACAUGGCGAUUCUGAAGAUCAGCUGCAACCGAAGCUGGUGGAAGCGUUGCUUGGCUAUCGGGCGAUCGAUAUCGCUUGUGGUUCGGGCGAUGCGCAGACACUCUGCAUCACGGACGAUGACAAUGUGUGGAGCUGGGGUGACGGAGACUACGGCAAACUGGGCCGCGGCGGUUCCGAUGGCUGUAAGGUGCCGAUGAAGAUCGAAAGUUUGGCCGGAUUAGGUGUGACGAAGGUUGAAUGUGGAUCCCAAUUUUCGGUUGCUCUCACACGCUCCGGAAGCGUGUACACAUGGGGCAAGGGUGACUACCAUCGACUGGGCCACGGCAAUACGGACCAUGUACGACGGCCAAAGAAAGUUGCGGCACUGCAGGGAAAGAAAAUCAUCUCCAUCGCUACGGGAUCGUUACAUUGCGUUGCUUGCAGUGAUGGAGGGGAAGUAUUUACCUGGGGCGACAACGAUGAGGGUCAGCUGGGCGAUGGAACUGUGACGGCAAUACAGCGUCCACGUUUAGUACAAUCGCUGCAAGGGAAGCACAUCGUGAAGGUGAUCUGUGGGUCUGCGCAUACGCUCGCCCUUUCUACGUAUCAGCUGAGUGAAGCGGUCAGACCGCCACCGUCGCCGCCGCUGGAGUACGAUCUAGUGCGUGACAUUGCACCGGAAGUGCUUCACGCUCGAUUGGUACUGUUGCAUCAUUUUUCGGAGCUGUUGUGUCCUUGUCUCGCUAUGCUACCGAUCGCUGGAUCUCUUUCGUUGGCCUCCCUGAAGGAUGUGCUCGUUUACUCGAUUAAGGAAACGGGCUUCCGUAAGGUCAUUCAGACCACGAUGGUACGGGACAAACCGCACGGUCCUGUAAUUGAACUGAACCGGAUCCAGGUAAAGCGAUCGCGCAUGCGUUCCGGCAACGGACUUGCUGGAGUGGACGGCAUGAAGAGCGUGUUCGGACAGAUGGUCCAGAAGUUGCCACUGCUCACACAGGAAGCACUGUCGAUGCCACAUCGUGUGUGGAAGGUGAAAUUUGUUGGUGAAAGUGUCGAUGACUGUGGUGGAGGAUUCAGCGAAUCAAUUGCUGAGAUGUGUGACGAGCUGCAGAAUGGUAGCGUACCUUUACUGAUACAAACGCCCAACGGUCGUGGUGAUGCUGGAGCUAACAGGGACUGCUUUUUGCUGGAUCCGACGCUGACAACCGUGCUGCACAUGAAUAUGUUUAGAUUUUUAGGUGUACUGAUGGGUAUCGCCGUAAGGACUGGAUCUCCGCUGAGUUUGAACCUUGCUGAACCUGUGUGGCGCCAACUGUGCGGAGAAGCGUUACGUCCAUCCGAUCUGACGGAGGUAGAUCGAGACUACAUUACCGGUUUACUAUACAUUAGGGAUGUGGAAAGCGAUCCAAAAGUGUUUGCAUCGAUUGAACUACCCUUCUCUACACCCUCUGCCAAAGGCCACGAAGUUCCAUUAUCUACCAAAUAUACUAAAAUAACGCCAGAAAAUCGCAACGAAUAUGUAAAGCUUGCGCUAAACUAUCGCAUCCAUGAGUUCGACGAACAGGUGAAAGCCGUCCGUGAUGGUAUGUCCAAGGUAAUUCCGGUCCCCUUGCUAUCGCUCUUUUCUGCUGCCGAGCUACAGGCAAUGGUUUGCGGUUCGCCGGACAUUCCACUCUGCUUGUUAAAGACCGUUGCCACUUACAAGGGCGUCGAAUCGACGUCCUCGCUCGUGCAAUGGUUCUGGGAGGUGAUGGAAGAGUUCACCAAUCAAGAACGGUCACUGUUUCUACGAUUUGUCUGGGGUCGUACCCGGCUACCCCGAACGAUUGCCGACUUUCGGGGGCGCGAUUUUGUGCUGCAAGUGCUGGAUAAGUACAACCCUCCCGAUCAUUUUUUGCCCGAAAGCUACACCUGUUUUUUCUUGCUCAAAAUGCCUCGUUACUCGUGCAAGGCCGUUUUGCAGGAGAAACUUAAGUACGCCAUUUAUUUCUGCAAAAGUAUCGAUACGGAUGAGUAUGCUCGGGUCGCUAUGGGCGAUCCCACUGAAGCGACUGGCAGCGAGGAUAAUAGCGACAUUGAGUCUGUAUUGUUUUAAA